AUGGCGCAGCAGCAGGCACCACCAGCUGCGCUGGCUCCCAUCGCCGUCGUCGUUGACGAGGUUCAGAUCAACAGCGACGCAAUGCUCGUUCUCGCUCCAGGUGCUCAGCACGUAAGGGACCACACGUCUUUCUUGAACUGGGCUACCGUGUACAACGGUGCAGCAGCAGUGGCCAGCUACACCCUGGGGCAGAGCGACGCCAAGGGCGCCUUCCUGCCGAGGUGCCAGUUCAGCGGGGACCAGCAGACAGGCACCCUCCUCGAUGGGAAUCACGUUCUCAAUGUGUUUUUCAACGGAGCAUUCUGGUCGCGGCUCUUGACCGCUCUGGAUGCUGCAAACCUCUUCGCCACCUCCAUGGAGAAGAUCGGCGUGCUGCACCAGCGGCUCGCCGGUCUGGUGAUGGCCAACCCGGGUGUCUGGAGGAUCGCGCACACGGACAUUUUUCUUGGUGAGGACUUUGACGCGCCCGCCGUCCCAGCGGUGGCCGCGGGGAGAGGCCGAGGCCGUGGUCGAGGAGGCCCGGCUGUGGCAGCAGUCCCUGCUAUGCCCGGACCGCCAGACCUGCUCUUCCUCACGCACCUCCCGCUUCACGCGCUCGAGGUGGACGGGGAGCUGCCUCUGCUCUCGUACUCGCUGCUCUCUUUCUGUCUGGGGCCGACGGCUACGAGGGCGGCCCGCCUUCCUCUGGCGGCCCCUGCGCGGAUCAUAGCCGGCCUUCUUCAAGGGGCUAUUGUGCAGAGCUUCGGGACGGCGGCCGCCAACCCGGCGAUGCUCGCGCUCCAGAUCCCUCGCCUGCUCAAGGGCUCCUCGCUCCCCGUCCUCUUUCAGUCCACCGCCUCGGACCCGUACACAAGGCUCGAGGACUUCACGGACAUGCUCCGCAUGCAGUCCGGCGGUGCAGAUGAGAGGCGGCGCAUCGAGGAGAGGCGGAUCAAGCUCGCCACCUCUCUGGGCGCGCUCUACCAGCUGGUCAUCCAGCCGUCGCCUUCGGCCCAGACUGCGACCACUCUGGUGAGCCGCCUGGCCGCCAAGAUUCUGACUGCGCCCCAGCUCAAACUGUCGCUCGCGGACCAACUUGCCAUCCUCUCGGCAGUCGUCCAUGAUCGGCGGCAUCUUGUCCAAGCCGGAGCUUCCGCGGAAGACGCGGUCACCGCUCUGAUGGCGGAGAACCUCCUCUACGACGGGGGGCGAGUCCCGGGCGGACCUGCCCCGGGUGCUGACGGCGGGCCUGAUGUGUCUGCCCACGCUCUCCCGAGCCGCCUCAUCGAGAAGGCUUCGAUGCUGCCCAAGUUUCAAGCGCUCGCGGGCGCAAUCGCGGGACUGGACACCGCCAACUCCGAAGUCAGGCGCCAAAUCCUGGCAGCCUCGUUCGCAAGUGGGAGCGACAUCGUCUUCCGAGUUGUCCUCGGGCCUGGGGGCCGCGAGGCCAGGAUGAAUGCGACGCUCGCCAAGAUUGCCCACUGCAAGGUGGAACUACCCACCUAUCUCACAUGGUGCCUGGUGGUCGGCAGCGGCGGCCAACGCCAAGAGGAGCUCGGGAGGUACCACCUCACGGGCCUCGACGGCACAGAAAACCGCCUCUUCAAGUCGUUCAUAUCGGGCAAUCUGGUCGGCACCGACUACAUGAAUGGCCCGAACGGCGCGCUGGACUGGGUCGGCUCAAGAAUCCGGCACAACUUCCCACGCGUCCACCCAAAGGAUCUUUACACCAUCCGAGACAAGGUCCGCCACCUCGGCGCGUUCCUUAAUAAGCUCUUCGUGGGCAUCGGCUUCCUGGAGGCAGUCCCAGCUGGUGAAGGCUUCACCAUGAAGACGUGGAGCGCCUCCGCGUCUGCGUCGGCCGGCGACGACGGCUCGGGCGCGGCCGCCGGCGCCGGCUCGGCUGGCGGCUUCGCGGGCGGGCCGCCGAGCGUCUUUGCCAGGGCCGCUAGCAUCACGGCCGAGGAGGAGCGCGCCUCCUCGCGCCGCAUGUCGUAG